GGGGCUCUGUGAGCCUGUGGUUUUCCAUGUGCUGGGUAGGUUGUGUGGAGGAGUGCUGAUGGAACACAGCUUGGGGACAGCCUGCUUGCUCUCUAAAUUGGAGUCACUUAAUUGCUCCCCCAUGGAAGUCCUGAACUAUUCUGAAGCCCCUCCCUCUACCCAUCUGGUCUGGGUGGGGUAGUUGUGGCCAAGGGGAGCUGGGGGGGGUUGGGGGAGCUAACCGGAUGUGGACUUUGGUUUAUUGAAGACUUUGGCAAACACAAGGGGAGGAAGGAGAGCCCACAGCAAAAACAGCCCUUCUGGCCAGGGCCAGGCUCAGGCCAAGGUGGAGUGGGGCUGAUGGGUGACCAGCUCUCGGUUGAGGGCGGGUGGGGGAAGGGGGCUGUCCUGGGGUACACACACCCAUUCUUGUGCAGACGAGGGGUCCAGCUGUGUCAGGAAAACCUUACCUUUCCAACACUGACUAGGCCUGGGGCUACUCCCUCUGAUUAGGACCCGAUGGUGCUGCCUUAUCAGGAGUGUGCAGCCACCCUGCUCCCCACUGAGGGGAGGCAUAGGAGCGGCGGUCACUCUUCAUCUCCUGUUCCACUGUCCUCCAACUCCCCCACCCCAAAGAUGUUUUCGCUCUCCUUGUGCGGGAGCAUUCCCGCUGCCGCCUCCCACUCACUCAGCUCUUGCCGGGAAGGUUUGAAGGCGGGGACACUGGAGAGCAGGGCACCCAGCCGGGGACUAAGCGGCCGCGGAGGUGAGGGGCAGUGCCCCAGCUCCACACGGUGCAACGUGCCAGGCUCACAAGGGGGCAGCCCUGGGGGGUGAGGACCGGUCUCCGCCGGGGGCGGGCAAUGGGGCGGAGCCGGGGGCGGGUCGCCGGGCUGGCCAGCCGGGGGUUGGGGCCCCAGCAGCUCAGGCAGAGCGCUGCGCACCCAACCGGUCCGUCUGUCAGGCCACCUCCAGCAGCCUGGCUUUCCGCCUCGCGGCGGCCGGCCCUUCCCCAUGCUAGCACCGCGGACUACGGAGACCGGAGUCCCCAUGUCCCAAACCGAGGCUGAUCUGGCUCUGCGGCCACCUCCGACUCUCGCCUCCUCCGGGCCAACCCGCCUGGGGCCACCUCCUCGCCGAGUGCGCCGCUUUUCUGGGAAGACUGAAUCCCGGCCGCGCUCUUCGAGACCGAGCCGCCGCAGCUCGGUCGACUUGGGACUGCUGAGCUCCUGGUCUCAAACAGCCUCACUCCUUCCGGAACCCCCUGAUCCUCCGGACUCCGCCGGCCCCACGAGGAGCCCACCUUCUAGCUCCAAAGAACCCCCCGAGGGCGCAUGGACCGGGACAGCCCCGCUGAAGGCUGCAGACUCUGCGUGUCCUGAGCUCACGGGAUCUUCAGGAGGUCCGGGGUCCCGGGAGCCACUGAGGCUUCCUGAUGCUGCAGCCCGGGAGCGGCGGCGGGAGCAGGAAGAAAAAGAGGACACGGAGACCCAGGCUGUGGCGACGUCUCCGGACGGCCGAUACCUCAAGUUUGACAUUGAGAUUGGAAGAGGCUCCUUCAAGACCGUGUAUCGAGGGCUAGACACCGACACCACGGUAGAAGUGGCCUGGUGUGAGCUGCAGACUCGGAAACUCUCCCGGGCCGAACGGCAGCGCUUCUCCGAGGAGGUCGAGAUGCUCAAGGGGCUGCAGCACCCCAACAUCGUCCGCUUCUAUGACUCGUGGAAGUCGGUGCUGAGGGGCCAGGUUUGCAUCGUGCUGGUCACCGAACUCAUGACCUCGGGCACGCUCAAGACGUACCUGAGGCGGUUCCGAGAAAUGAAGCCCCGAGUCCUUCAGCGCUGGAGCCGCCAGAUCCUGCGGGGCCUUCAUUUCCUGCACUCCCGAGUGCCCCCCAUCCUGCACCGAGAUCUCAAGUGUGACAACGUCUUCAUUACUGGCCCUUCGGGCUCUGUCAAAAUCGGAGAUCUGGGGCUGGCCACGCUCAAGCGCGCCUCCUUUGCCAAGAGCGUCAUCGGGACCCCGGAAUUCAUGGCCCCCGAGAUGUACGAGGAGAAAUACGACGAGGCCGUGGACGUCUACGCCUUUGGCAUGUGCAUGCUGGAGAUGGCCACGUCUGAGUAUCCCUACUCCGAGUGUCAGAACGCAGCACAGAUCUACCGAAAGGUCACUUCGGGCACGAAGCCCAACAGCUUCUACAAGGUGAAGAUGCCAGAGGUGAAGGAGAUUAUUGAAGGCUGCAUCCGGACGGAUAAGAACGAGAGGUUCACCAUCCAGGAUCUCCUGGCCCACGCGUUCUUCCGAGAGGAACGGGGUGUGCACGUGGAGCUGGCAGAGGAGGAUGACGGAGAGAAGCCGGGUCUCAAGCUCUGGCUGCGAAUGGAGGACGCGAGGCGCGGGGGGCGCCCACGCGACAACCAGGCCAUCGAGUUCCUCUUCCAGCUCGGCCGGGACGCUGCUGAGGAGGUGGCUCAGGAGAUGGUAGCCUUGGGCUUAGUCUGUGAAGCUGACUACCAGCCUGUGGCCCGUGCAGUUCGAGAGCGGGUUGCUGCCAUCCAGAGGAAACGGGAGAAGCUUCGAAAAGCCAGGGAGUUGGAGGUUCUGCCACCAGAGUUGGGACCUCCUCCGGCAACCCCGUCCAUGGCUUCUGGUCCCCCCAGUGCCUUUCCGCCAGAGCCUGAGGAGCCAGAGGCUGACCAGCACCAAUCCUUCCUCUUCCGCCAUGCCAGCUAUUCAUCUACCACCUCUGAUUGCGAGACUGAUGGCUACCUCAGCUCCUCCGGCUUCCUGGAUGCCUCAGACCCUGCCCUUCAGCCCCCCGGGGGGGUGCCAUCCAGCCCCGCUGAGUCCCAUCUCUGCUUGCCCUCGGGUUUUGCCUUGUCUAUUCCACGGUCUGGCCCCGGCAGUGACUUCUCUCCUGCGGAAAGCUAUGCCUCAGAUGCAACCUCAGGCCUUGGUGACAUGGGAGAAGGGGGACAGAUGAGGAAAACUCCAAUGAAGAGUCUUCGACGGAGAUCCCGGUCCCGGCUGAGGGUCACUAGUGUCUCAGACCAGAAUGACAGAGUCGUGGAGUGCCAGCUACAGACUCACAACAACAAGAUGGUGACCUUCCGGUUUGAUCUGGAUGGGGACAGCCCAGAAGAAAUUGCGGCUGCCAUGGUGUAUAAUGAGUUCAUUCUGCCCUCGGAGCGAGAUGGAUUCUUGAGCCGGAUCCGGGAGAUUAUCCAGCGAGUGGAGACCCUGCUGAAGAGAGAGCCUGGUCCCCAGGAGGCUGCUGAAGAUGCCCCGAGACCCCAGGAGGAGCCAGCAGCCCUGCCAGCCCUCCCAGGCCCAGCCAGUGAGCCCCAGAGGAGCACCUCCCCGGAACAGAGGAGCUGGGCCGCCUUCUCCACCACUCCAUCUUCUCCUGGAACCCCCCUGUCCCCUGGAACCCCAUUUUCCCCUGGGACUCCUCCUGUCUUCCCAUGCUCCAUCUUUCCCAUCACUUCACCCUCAUGCCAUCCCUGCCCAUUCUCCCCCGUCUCCUCAAGCCUCUGUCCACAGGCCCCCAUCUCCCCUCUCCUCUCCUCCUCCAGCACUCCUCAGUUUCCACUCCCAUCUUCUCCUCUUCCCACGAGUUGUCUCCCCACCAGCUCUUCUCAUCCAUUCUCUUCUAGUUGCUCCAAAGUCACUCUUAACCCCCCUUCUUUUCCUGCCUGUCCCUCUCCUCCUCCGCUCCCCUCCACCACGGCAGCCCCUCUCCUCUCUCUGGCUAGUGCCUUCUCUCUGGCUGUGAUGACUGUGGCCCAGUCUCUGCUGUCCCCCUCCCCUGGGCUUCCUUCUCAAUCCCCUCCGGUGCUGCCGGGUCCUCUGCCGAGCCUGCCCCUUCCUCUUGCUUCUUGUGCCCAGGAGAGCCUUUCACCCCAAACAGCUGAGACAGAGAGCGAGGCCCCCCAAAAUCCCGCUCAGCUGCUGCUCAGUGAAGCUAGGUUGGCACCCAUCUCUGAAGAGGGAAAGCCCCAGCUUGUUGGGCGUUUCCAAGUGACUUCAUCCAAGGAACCAGCAGAGCCUCCCCUACAACCAGUAUCCCCAACUCUCUCGAGCUCCCUGAAGCUUCCAACCCCUCAGCUGACCUCAGAGAGCUCAGACACAGAGGACAGUGCUGCAGGGGGACCAGAGACCAGGGAGGCUCUGGCAGAGAGCGACCGUGCGGCUGAGGGCCUGGGGGUUGCGAUUGAAGAGGAAGGGGAUGAAGGGAAGGAACUCCGAAUCGGGGGCAGUUCCCCGCUCUUGAGCCACCCCAGCCCAGUGUGGAUGAACUACUCCUACAGCAGCCUAUGUUUGAGCAGCGAGGAGUCAGAGAGCAGUGGGGAGGAUGAGGAGUUCUGGGCCGAGCUGCAGAACCUUCGGCAGAAGCACUUGUCGGAAGUGGAGGCACUACAGACCCUACAGAAAAAGGAAAUUGAGGAGUUGUACAGCCGGCUUGGGAAGCAGCCCCCACCUGGUAUCGUAGCCCCCGCUGCUAUGUUGUCCUGCCGCCAGCGCCGCCUCUCCAAGGGUAGCUUUCCCACCUCCCGCCGCAACAGCCUGCAGCGCUCCGAUCUCCCUGGCCCUGGCAUCAUGCGAAGGAACUCUCUGAGUGGCAGCAGCACCGGCUCCCAGGAGCAGCGGGCAAGCAAGGGGGUGACAUUCGCCGGGGAUGUUGGCAGGAUGUGAAUUCAAAACAGAAGUCCUAUGUCUCCCCAACACCAGGGCCCACCAUGGCACUUGGGCUCUCAGAACCUGAUGCUUUUGUGACCAACUCAACUCGGCAAAGAACACCCCAGCACUGAGAGGGUAGAAGGCCUGUGGGCAUGGAGAAUGCGGUUGUGUUAUCCUGAAGAGUCAAACAUGUGGGAACUCUUUGCUGUGUGGAAAUGUCAUUUCUGUAGCCUAUCCCACCUUCAUCUUCUGUUCCUCCCCGGGCAAGGGCCAACCACUAAGCAAUCCAACAAAUGUCCAGAUGCUUGUAGAAGGCCAGCUUUCAGCUGGCAGAGUGUAGGAGGUAUACUCACACCACCAAAGUUAACAGCAUCCAAUAAAAAUACUUGGAAAAGGGA